ACGUGUGACGUCACUGAUCGAGGCGCGUGCAUGUUUGCACCUGACUGACGCUGUGAACACGGAAGUGAAACAACUUGUUGCUCUAGAUUCAGUCAUUCAUCGGCACAAACAUGAGUGUCUUAAAUAUAGUUUUAAUCGGGCUUGCGUCUUUAUUAGUCCCAGCUCCGGCGCUGGAUAACGGGCUAGCUUUAACUCCCACCAUGGGCUGGCUGCACUGGGAGAGAUUCAUGUGCAACACCGACUGUGACGCGGAUCCGCAGAACUGUAUUAGAGAGGAGCUGUUCAUGGAGAUGGCAGAUGUGAUGGUGAAAGAAGGAUGGAAGGAUGCUGGAUAUGAGUUUGUGUGCAUUGAUGAUUGCUGGCCCUCGCACGAGAGGGACGCCCAGGGGCGUCUGCAGGCCGACCCCAAGAGGUUUCCCAGUGGAAUCAAAAAACUAGCAGAUUAUGUCCAUGCCAAAGGCCUGAAGCUGGGGAUAUAUGCAGAUGUUGGCACAAAGACAUGUGCAGGCUACCCUGGGACUUUGGGCUACUAUGACAUUGAUGCUAAAACCUUUGCAGACUGGGGUGUGGAUCUGUUAAAAUUCGACGGAUGCUUCAUGCCUGACUGGCAUCAGCUAGGAGAAGGUUAUAUGAACAUGUCGAGAGCUCUAAACCAGACAGGCAGAAGUAUUGUUUACUCCUGUGAAUGGCCAUUAUAUGAGUGGCAACACCAACAGCCUGACUAUGAGGCAAUUAGCAAGACCUGUAACCACUGGCGUAACUAUGGAGAUGUUUAUGACCAGUGGACCAGUGUGAAGAGCAUCUUGGACUGGACAGCUGAUCAGCAGAAGAUCUUGGUCCCUGUGGCAGGACCAGGUGGAUGGAAUGACCCUGAUAUGCUGGUCAUAGGGAACUUCGGCCUGAGCCACGAUCAGCAGCAGACUCAGAUGGCCUUGUGGGCUAUCAUGGCUGCCCCACUUCUGAUGUCCAACGACCUGCGAAACAUUUGUCCCAAAGCCAAAGAACUUCUGCAGAACAAACAGAUCAUUGCCAUCAGCCAGGACCCUCUGGGCAAGCAGGGCCAUCUUACAUUAAAAGGUGACAGUUUUGAGGUGUGGGAGCGACCCUUGUCAGGCAACAGGCUGGCCGUGGCAGUGAUGAAUAGACAGGAGAUUGGCGGUCCACGCAGAUUCAUCAUUUCCUUAGCGACGCUGCCUAGUUGGCAGCUCUGUGAUCCGAAGUGCAACGUAACACAGAUCCUGCCUGUGUACCGGGAAAUAGGUGUCCAGAAUCUCAUUUCAGAGGUGAUGGUCCAAGUCAAUCCCACAGGCACAACACUUCUCACUGUCACCCCUAUCAAAAGCAAUCCUCAUGACACCCUGUGACAUGACUUGGAAAGCAAAACUUUCCAAAGAAAUGGGAAAUGUAUCAUUGCACUAAUGCAAUCGAGUUAAACUUCCUGAUGUUUCCCCCUUUUGAAUAUUGCUUUAGAAUCUAUUUAAAAAGUGCACAUUAAGGAAUCAAAAUUCAGUUGUAGUAAUGUAUCAUUUUACUGUGCAUAAAACAUUCACAAAGCACUUUAACUCUAAGAAAUGUUGAGUUUAUACUUUAUACGCACCUGUUUUACCUAUGUUUUCAAUUUUCUACAGAUGUACUGUACUACAAAACCUUAUCACAUUCAUGGAUAAUCUGUUCCACUUCACAGUGAAGACUUAAAAUGUGUUUAAAGGUUUCAUUGCCAAUUAAAUUCUUAUUUUAACAUACAUAAAGACCCUCAGGGAUUUUACAGAUCAUUUGUCUUGUUCUGUAAUGAAUAUCUAAAAUCAAUAAAAGUGUUUCUGUAA